AUGAUCCCCAAGCAGAACAAACCUCUCAGCUUGGAGAACCUACGCCCGAUCUCCGUCACCUCGUGCACGGGAAAGCUUUUCGAACAUUUGGUGCACGACCGCAAUACCCAGUACCUGGAAGACAACGGUCACCUACCAGACACCAUGUUCGGCUUCAGGCAGCACCUCUCAACGCAGGGCGUACACUUACAACUAAAAGAAAGCCUUCUAGAUCACCUAAACAAUCGAAGCAAAUAUUCCAUAGUGGCAGUAGACGCCAAGGCAGCAUUUGAUAACGUUAGCCACGGUGGAAUCCUCAACCAUCUCGAAGGCAGCGGCUGCGUCACUAGGACCUACGCAUAUGUCAGAAAUUUUCUGAUGGACCACACGGCAGGAGUAGGAAUCUGCAUCAUCCGCAGUGGAAGCUUCCUACUUUCAAACAGAGGUACCCCGCAACGGUCGGUCAUUUGA